AUGCAAUCAGAUAUGGGUGGUACCAAGUUGGUAGAACCACUUCAAUGGCUACAGCGACAUCCACCAGAACAAGGUCGAGCUCGACAAAUUUUUCUUUUAACUGAUGGUGAAAUUUCCAAUGUUAUUGAAGUACUGCAUCUUUGUCGUUCAAUAUCAACGUCAACCAGAAUUUUUUCCUUCGGUUUAGGAGAUUCACCGAGUCGAUCACUUGUUAAAGGUCUUGCACGAACAACCAAUGGUAAUUUCAUUUUCAUUCCGCCUAAGAGCAGUGUUGAUGUUUAUGUCGGUGAGCAAUUAAAAAAGGCUUUGCAAUCUUGCAUUGCUAAUAUUCAAGUCAAAUGGAAUUUGGGUACAUCGGUAUUGAAUGCUCCAAUGAAAACGCUCCCAGUCUAUGCCAAUCAUCGUCUUAUUGUUUAUGCAUUGACAGAUGAGCAAACUUCAACAUUUGAUCACCAUUCCAGUGUUGAAUUGCAUAUGAAUCAACAUCGAUUGGCUGCAGCGAUAGUCGAUCGUGUACCAAAUGUAAAUAAUACAGGUACCAUUGCCCGACUAGCGGCGAAAGCACUCAUUAUCGAAUUGCAACAUGCUAAAAUUCUGGAAAAAAAUGUGGAUGGUACGUUGCAAACUCGAUCUGAACAUCUUGCACCAUCGACAACAAUCAACGAUGAAAAAGAAAUGACAAUAAAGCGAAUCAUUGAACUAUCACUCAAACAUCAAAUUCUUAGUCCAUACACGGCAUUUGUUGGAGUGGAAAAACGGACUGACACAAGCAAUGCUGAAAUGGUUCCACGUGAAGUGCCUAUUCAAAUUACAGCCGAUGAUCAACAUUUGCAAACAGGGCAUUAUAAUAAUGUUUGUUUCGCUCGACGUAAGAUAGCUGCACGAGCAAAGACAGAUGGAUUUAUGUUGGAGGAACAUGAAUCACAGUUACACCUACCCCAGAAAAUUUCGUUAAAUGACACGCUACAACGUUGUAAGAAACACUUGUCUCACAUGGCACAUCGAUUAAGACGUUCACCUUCCCCGAUUGACGGUCAGAGAAAGCGAAAAAGUUCAUCUAGCUCUUCAAGUCCUCCAAGAACAUUUGAAAACACCAGAGAGCCUUUACUUGAUGCACCGAAGGCCAGUUCAAGUUCUCAUUUCGGCUAUUGUUAUUGUCACAUUGGAAACACGUUUUGCUUCCUAUUGCACCAUAUGGUAUUGUGUAGUGCAAAAAUCACGUCAGCAUUUCCUUGAUUUACUUACUCACGAUAGAAACCAAUUGGACACUUUAUUGGAGAGUAUUCGUCAACAGAUUUGAAUUUCCAUCAUCGUAGUUCUAUGUGAACAGUAUCAUGACUAUCGAACUCAAAUAUAAAUCUAGAGCUGUAUAUUUGAAAAUUUGAUGUUUUCAGUUGUAUCUGCUUAUUUUUCUCAUUUAUUUGAUUUGAAUUGGUUGUUUUUUCAGUAAAAUAUAAACGAUUUUAAUAGAAUCAAGAGUAAACGAGGUAUUUAUCUUUUUAUAGUCGAAUUUUUGUUUUGCUUGACAAAUAUAUUCUUUUAUUUUCUAUCUGUUUAAAUUUGUUUUUACUUCCAAAUUGAGAUGUAUUGGUCACAAUAGGAACCAAAUCUUAAAAUUUGUAUGCAUUCAUUAAAAAAUGAAAAGGAACCUAACUGUUUAUACUAUUUCUAGUUCAAGUUCUACUGCAUAUCAAGAAGAUUUCUUGAUGUGAACUGAUAAGUGAUACGCCAAUAAUUUUACAAGAAGUAAUAACAGAUAAUACAAACUUAUGGCAGUAAAUGAUGCUUUAAUAAUCAUACCUGUGGGUUAAACAGUUUAUGAGGCCGCUAUACAUGCAUCAACAAAACGAACUUGUUGUAAAAAGGAUGACUACAGAUAAUUAUCUGCGUCAAUCGGAGUGUGAGUAUUGGCAUUCACUCAAUGACAGCCAUACCAACACUCACACCCUUUCUAUUAUUGAUCAGUUUAAACGACUCGACAGAGUAGUUUAGUCCAAACAAAAAAGAUCAUUUUGAGUUUUUAAAUUCGACUAAAUUAGGAUUGCCAGUACAUUUUCCAAAAACAACAGUCAUGAAACGCAUAAGUAGUGCCUCAGACUCAUCAUAUCGCUUGUUUUCAACUAGUUUUUAUUGGUCUAGUGGAUGGGCGGAAGUUAUUCUGUCAUUUAGACUGUAUAAAAUGAUAUAAGUCUAUGUUCACGUCAUGAUCUGCCGUCAGAUAUGGAAUACUACCAGGUUAUAUGUUUGAAUUCAUGGCUCAUCUUCUUUUUCUAAUACUUCGACUAAUUAGAGUCUAAGUAGAAAUCUUAGAUUCAUAGAGUGCUUUGGAAGAUUCUAGAAUAAUCAAAGCAUUGUUAUAACUGACGAGCCUUUUCUACCACGGUUGUUAAGAUUUAUAAGGGAGAGGGAUCCAUGAAAAUCUCAAAUUAAACUUCAACUUACCGUACUUUCUUCGAAAAUAUAUGUGAGAUUUACAAAAUAUAAAAAUCAUAGGGAAUAUAUGACAACUGCAAAUAAAUUAUAUAUCAAAUAUGAUCGUAAAAAUAUUCGAGAGUUGAUUGUUCAACACAUGCCAUUGAUACAUUAUACAUCGACAAUUUGAAUAAUAUUGAAAACACGGUGCUAAAAUUUCCAUCUUAGAUAGUCCAGGAGAAGAUGUUGGAUACAAAAUCAUAAUUUGUCCAGCGUCCUGAGAAAAAAGCAUUAGCUUGUCCUGUAUUUCCUAUAAUUUGUAAUAAUAAUAAGCAAUCAGCCGUUGUCGAAGAAAUAAAUUGUUCAAAUAUUGAUUGAAUUUGUAAAUUAAAUGUUUGUGAUGAAGUAAUUGUCGUACUAAUAUAUCGAUCUGAAUAGAAUCGAGUUAAACUUUCAAAUACUGUUCUAUUUGUUAAUUUCCAAAAUGUACUUAAUGCUUCAAGUAAGAAUUUACGUGAUGCUCGAAAAUCACAAAAAUUUAAUAUCAGAUUUGGACAAGAUAAUGUAAGAUAUUCUCUCCAAUUAUGAGUUAUAUAAAUGUUAUUACACUCUUGAUGAAAUGUAUAAUUGGUAUAAAGAUAUUUUUUUUGUAUUCAAUAGAUAUUGUGUUUGUACAUGGACAUGUUAAAGUUUGAGAAUAAGUUAAAUAUAAUUGUGAAUAUUUUUUGAAUGAAAGUAGACUAACGUUAACACUCUUUGUGACAUUAACUAACGAAGUAUUUAUAAUAAGAGUAGUUGUUCAGAGAAAUAAAAGUAAAAUAAAUAAUCUUGUUGAUAUUCGUUCAUUUCGAAGAUUAAACUCAUUGGUUGAAGAUGGUAUUGAUGAGAAUAAAUUUAAGUUUUAACAAAAUCCAACAGUAGGUUGACCAAUGUUAUUUUCUGUAAUAAAUGAAUAGAAUAAUAAUUACUGUAAAUAGUGUAUAUUUAGCUAUAGUUUACAUUCAUUUCAUCUUCUAAAGGAUAUCCUAUGAGUAAUUUUACUAAAUCUCAGUGCACUUUUCUUUCGUUUCUUAAUCAUUAAAAAAAUACCUCUUAUGUUUAAAGAUAGAGAAUUUCAAGCUAAUUUUUUUGUCGACUUGACUUUCUCCAAGCAAGGAACAUAAAAACUGUCAAGCUUUGUAGUACUUGAGCUAGCGAAUCUAACCGUGUACAAAUGUUUUUACAGAUGAUAAAUGCUUUUUCUGAGAUGGAGUCAGAAAUCAAUGAGUUCCAUCUUAUUAUGAUCAAUAGAGCGUAAUUUGAGUUACAUAUUGACAUCAAAAGAUCAAAUAAAUGAUCUUUUGUUGAGUCGAAAAUGAACGAGUAAGAGAGCUUAAGUAAUCCAAAUCGAUGAAUUUUCAACUACCAGUUGAUCUUGAGAGUCUAAUAUCUCAGAAAACAAAAGUGAACGUAUCACCUAAGUCUCAGAGCUAGUGCAAUAUAUAAAACAA